AUGGAACCCAAACGUACUCGCGGGCAUGGCCCAUCAACACCAACUCGAAUAAUCAAAGCGCGCCCAAUUCUCGUCUCACAAGUCGUCGAAAAAGAAUUGAAAAUCGCGCCAACCUCCAACACAAAUUCAACUGCAACACCCCAGAAAGAUUUGGCGUCUCCCGCCUUAGCUCCAACUCAUCAAGGUGGUUUAAAAAUGAAAGAAGCCUCGAAAUUCAUCACAGAAUACGGCGAAAUCAGCGAACUUGUGCAAGAAGUGCUGACAAAUAACGUGAAUUUCAAUGUGGUCUCAGCGAUUGGACCACAAGGUUCAGGAAAAUCGACAGUUUUGAGUAUGCUUGCUGGAAAUAAUUCAAGACAUAUGUAUAGAGAUUAUGUGUUUCGACCAGUUUCAAGAGAGGCUAAUGAGUUAUCGAGACAUCAAACUUUGAAAUUGGAUAUUUUUGUGGCGAAUAAUCAUAUUUUUAUUGAUUGUCAACCAAGUCACAGUGUUUCGAUACUUGAAUUUGUUUCAAGAGCUUCCAAAUUUGAUGACACACUUUGUGGAACUGAAACUCUCAAGCUUCUCGCCUUCAUUUUCAGCGUCAGUCAUACAGUUCUCAUCUGCAACGAGAAUAUAAUCGAUCUGAAUUUCAUCAAAACCAUGCGAACCGCCGAAUUAAUCCGUCCGUAUCUCAAGAAUUUCGAGCCAAAAUUGAAUUUGGAGCGAAAAGUGAAUGUGUUGUUUUUGCACACCAAAGCGCAAAAUAUCGAUUUUGCCACGUGUGUUUUGAAGGAGCGGGAAGGGUUGUUGAGAGCGAUGUUUGAGGAUUCGACACAUUUUCGAUUGCCGGAAAUUGGGAAGCGCUUGAUUUUUGUGUUGGCUGAUAUUAAAUUGAGAAGAGAUCAAUUGUGUGGUGAGCGUUUUUUGCCACGUGGCAUUUUGAAAAUCUAUUUGGGAUCCAAAACACAGAAGUUGUGCUACAGUAACCGGUUACUGUAUGUUUCAGCGCGAAAAUUCCAAGUUUUCUGAGCCGAAAAUAUUGAUCUACCAAUUUUUAACGAAAUUUCUACAGUCUGAGAGUUUUUGAUCUCAAAAAACGUGGAUUUUUGCGCUGAAAUCUACAGUAACCAUGGUCCUCGAAGUACUGUACGUUUCAGCGCGAAAUUUGGAAUUUUUUGAGCUCAAAUAAGCCGGGGGUUUUUUUGAAAAUUUCUAACAGUCUGAGCAUUUUUGAUCUCAAAAAACGUGGCUUUUCACGCUGAAAUCUACAGUAACCACAGUCUUCGAGGUACUGUAAGUUUUGACCCGAAAAUUCCAAAUUUUCUACAGUAACCUUGUAUAAUCCCAUUUUUCUCCAGAAAACGCCGAAGCUGAAAACGAAGACGACAUCGAAAAAAGUUUCCAAGAUUUUGACGAGGAAAUCAAUAAAAUUCGAAUAGAGAUUCUGAAAAAUCGCGAUUCCUUCACUGAAAAUAUUGGAGUAAUGGAUGAGAAACGAUGGUAACUUUGCUAGAAAAAAAUCUGCAAUUUUUCUCUGAAAAUUUCAAAAUUUCCAGGGCUGAAAUGUGCCAAGAAGUAAUGAAAGAUCAAACACUUGCCGCCUCACUUCGAGCAUUUCAAAAGCUAUCAAAUGACGCGAAUUUGAUCAAUCAAUAUUGA